CUGCAGAUCCAGACUCCAACCCUGGGCUCAGACCAAAAAGCUGCUCCAGAACUUCAACAUGAGCGGCCAGAUCCGUUUAGAUACCAAUCUGGAAAAAGCUCAUGCAAUGAAGAAUGAGGACAAGGUCUUCAGGUACAAUGGGAUUCUGUACCCCAUCAUCAGGACCCCAGAGGAGAAUUUGAAGGCCCUCGUGAAUUUAGAAGCCAGACCAGAUGACGUCAUGCUGGUGGCCUUCCCCAAAUGUGGCUUCAACUGGAUGUUUGGGGUUCUGAAGAAGAUUGUAGCUGCUGUCAAAGGAACAGAAAGUCAGAUAAUGGUGCAUCCACUGAUUGAGUUUCUCAGCCCGGCUAAGCAACAGAUGCUGGCUGACUUACCAUCUCCCAGAGUCCUCGGGACACACUUGCUACCCCAGAACAUGCCUUCUUCUUUUUUCGCCAAGAAGACCAAGAUCGUGGUUAUGUUCCGGAACCCUAAAGACACAGCUGUCUCCUACUUUCAUUUCACCAACAACAACCCAGUGCUGCAGACCGCUGAGUCCUGGGACAAGUUCUACUCGGACUUCAUGCAAGGAGAAGUCCCCUGGGGUUCUUAUUUUGACUACGCCCUGGCAUGGGAGGAGCAUAUCAACGACCCCAACGUUUUGGUUGUGAUCUUUGAGGACAUGAAGCAGAACCUGUGCAAAGGGAUCGAGCGGAUCACCCAGUUUUAUGGGUACAGCUUAACUGAGGAGCAGGUCCAGAGCAUCGCCAAGGCGAGCGGCUUCGAGGCGAUGAAGGAGAGCUCCAGGAGCACGUAUGGACAAAUGGCCGACAUUAUAUUCAGGAAAGGCGAGGUGGGAGACUGGAAGAACCUCUUCACUGCGGACCAGAGCCAGGAGAUGGACGCUGCUUUCGAGAAGCACCUGGCUGGGACCAUGCUGGGUACCAAGCUGAAGUAUGAUGUUUACUGCAAGUAGGCUGUGAAGGCCGUGACAGACAGGAGCGAGACGUGCAGGAACGUGUAGGGAGUCUAAACCUCAUAUAUACAAACCUCAUAUAUUAAUGGUAAAUGAUCUUAGGUUAGAAGUGAGGACACUGGACUUCUGUACAGGGUGGGUUUCUUUAUAAAUUCUUCGAAUGCACUAUACAGUUGUUGCUUUUUUUAUUAACGUCGUGGAUCAUAUCUGCUGUGCAUUAAAAUUUGCCUUGAUUGAA